UCCUUUUACCGCUUGCAGCUCGCCGACCAAUUCUGCAAUGCCAUCGGAGUGCUGCAGCAGUGUGGCCCCCCAGCCUCUUUCAGCAACAUUCAGACUGCAAUCAACAAGGACCAGCCCGCUAACCCGACAGAAGAGUACGCCCAACUGUUUGCGGCAUUGAUUGCACGAACUGCAAAAGAUAUUGAUGUUCUAAUAGACUCCCUGCCUAGUGAAGAAUCCACAGCAGCUUUGCAGGCUGCCAGCCUGCGUCGAUUGGAAGAAGAAAAUCACGAAGCAGCUGCCCGUCUGGAAGAGGUGGUUUAUCGUGGGGACAUGCUGCUGGAGAAGAUCCAGAGCGCGCUGGCUGACAUUGCCCAGUCACAGCUGAAGACCAGGAGCGGGACGCACAGCCAGCCCCUGCCGGACUCGUAGCGCCAGGGGGCAGCUGGCCCCCACAGAACUGGGCUGCAGCAAGCCCUGCUGGGUGUCCACGGGGAGCUCCUGAGGGACUCUGCACUGCUCUCAUCCUCCCUAACAAUGUCUUUGAUCUGCACUCAAACUGCAGGCCUUGUAUGAGAAAUACUUCUACUGUAGAAUCAGUGGUUCUCCUUGGCUUGAAAAUUUCUCAGCUUUCUUCUCUCUUCAUAAAGACUUCAGCCUGAUUUGUAAUCUUCAUUACACAGGGCUGAAGGGAAUUCGGGAGGAAAAUCUAUUAGCAUUUCUGUAAUUUGUUCACUCCUGCUUUCAAACUUUUAUGUUCUUGGUGUAUUUUUUUGUAAGGCUGAAACACAGAAUCACUUGAAUUUGCCAGAGUUCCUGGAGACAGUGCUAGAUGAUGAUAUGAAUACAGUGAUGGCCAUCUGUUUAAUUAACAGAAAUGGUAAUUAAACAUUUGUAUUACUA